AAAGUUGUCUCUUCUUCCUCAGCGAUCUCCGGCAAGAAAAGAUGAAUUUCAAGUCGUUUAGGAAUGACCCUGGAACCCUUAAGACCUUGGUCGGAUCCGAUCUCAACGAGCUCACUAUCGCUGCUAAGAACCUAGCUAGCCACGCUUUCACGCUCACUGGUUUAGGCUUUGGUACUUCUAUCCUCGAAUGGAUUGCUUCUAUCGCCGCCAUAUACUUGUUGGUGUUGGAUCGAACCAAUUGGAAGACUAAUAUGCUCACUUCACUUCUCAUUCCUUAUAUCUUCUUCAGUCUUCCUUCCUUGAUCUUUGGUAUCUUCAGAGGAGAAAUUGGUAAAUGGAUUGCUUUCGUAGCUGUUGUUGUACAACUCUUCUUUCCUAAACACGCCAGAGAGUACUUGGAAUUACCAGUGGCUUUGGUUCUGCUCGCUGUGGUGGCUCCGAAUUUAAUCGCCGGCACAUUCAGAGACAGUUGGGUUGGUUUAGCGAUAUGCUUAGGUAUUGGAUGUUACCUGCUUCAAGAACACAUUAGAGCUUCAGGUGGAUUCAGAAAUGCUUUCACUAAAGCCAAUGGUAUCUCCAACACCAUCGGGAUCAUCUGUCUCGUCGUCUUCCCCGUCUGGGGUCUUAUCUUUUAAGGCAUCACUUCAGGACUCUUCAGUUACUUUUUCCAUUUGUUUUUUUUUCUCCAUGUAAGAGUGAUUGCUUUGUAUGAUUCUGUCUCUCGUAACUAUCAAUGAAUGUGACUUGAAUAAGAAUUGCUUCAGCAAUAAGAUAUUGUCAUGAGG